AUGUUGGUUCAGACGAUUUGCAUAUUGUUCUUGUCUGUAACCGUUUGCUGGGCAUACUUUGCCAGGGAGGGGUUUACCAUUAUGAUUCCGCCCAAACAGCAGUCUUGCUUCUCUAAGAAGUUCACAAGUAAAAUCAAAGUUAUAUUUGAGUACAGAGUGACCGCAGGUGGAAACCAAGACAUCGAUGCCAAGAUAGUAAUGCCCAACGGGGUUUAUCUUUACGUGGAAGAGAGGAAACAUGGCGACGAAGUUUCUUUCGACGCACAAAAUGGCGAGUAUCAAUUCUGCUUCAGUAACGAGUUCUCCAAAAUGACCACAAAGCGCAUUGCCUUCAAUAUCCGUCCUUUCGAUGAGGGAUCUCUGGCCGAAGAAGCUGGCGAACAAGCCCCACAGGUCAAAGGUCCUCUGGAAGCUUUCUGUGACAACAUUCAUUUCCUGAUGACCACUGUAAUGGAUUUCCAGAUGAAGUACAUGGUCCGUGAAUCCAUGAGCCGGUACGUUGCCGAACAUUUGAAUAAAAGGGUGAUGUGGUGGUCUCUGGGACAAACCGUCAUCAUCGUGCUCACAGGUUUCGGGCAAGUGUUUAUUUUCAAGAAAUUUUUCACAGAAACGCGACGUUCUUCCAAACCUCUUGAAGUGCCAACUCUAAGUACAUGA